AUGAAACAGAAGGUUGUGGAUACCGAGAAAUCGGUCGAUCCCAUCUUUCGAAUCUCUGGACCACCUGGAAUGGAGAAGGAAGAAUCGGACAGUUCGCUGGAGAUGAAGGAAGACUGUUUCUCACUGUCCGAUGAAGACGCAGAAGAAACCAACUGGCGGUUAAUCUAUAUCACCGCUCUUGUAUCUUUUCUUGGAGCAAUCGAGGGAACUGCUGUUCAUAUGAGUGAAUGGCCGUAUAUGAGGGAAAUUGAUCCAGAUGCAACUGUCCAGUUCUUUGGUAUUGCUAGUUCUGCAUCAAAAGCAGCUCAUGCUGUUUUUGUUCUUAUUUUUGCGGUGUGGAGUUUUAAGUACAAGACUGUCAAAUGGCCUCUGAUAACCGGACGUAUCAUUGCCAUGGUCGCCUGUUUCCUAUACCUCGCAAUCGAAUACGUUCCAACUGGAAGGCGUUACAUGAUGAUGUUCUGCUAUAUCCUUUUCGACAUCUCCGGUAGUUCUCCAUCAAUUCUUCGUGCUUAUAUCGCAGCUGUCUCAAUGCCAAAGGAUAGAUCAAAAGCUUUUGCUGCAAUGUCUCUUUCCAUGACACUAUCUAUUAUCUGUGGACCAUUGAUUCAAAUGGCAUUCACAACUAUUCCGUAUCCCGGAUUUACUAUUAUUCCUCAUGUGAAAUUUCACGUGUAUUCUGCACCCAUUUGGAUUGCAAACUCAACCAAUUUCAUCUCAAUUGCUAUAAUCGUAUUUGGAAUGAAAGAGUUACCAAGAAAACCAAAGACCAAGAAGCCAAAGAAGCCAUCAAUCUUUGAAUUGGAAGGACUGAAAUUGAAAAUCCAGAAGAUCAAGAAAGCCAAUAUCGACUGGAUUUUGGUGUUCGUCUGUUGGAUUGCCAAGUGUGGAAAGACGAUGACUGCCAGAUCUAUUGGAACUCUUUUACCAAUUCUGAUGAUGGUUCAAUAUGGAUGGACUGGAAUCGAGACAGUGAGAAUUACUUCUUUCCUUAUGGGAGGAUCUGGAAUUCUUUCGAUGUUUGUCAUCGGAAGUUUCAUGUUCUGUAAACUAGGAACCAUAGUUCAACCUCGAUUUAUCUACCUUUUCUCGAUCGCUCUAUUCACUAUGCUCUAUGUUGUGACCUACCCAUACAAAUCGAUCGGAGUAGAAGUUGCUGCUUACAACUCAACAGAUAACACUGGUUGUGACCCAGAUAAAUACUCUUGGUGUGAGGGAGGAAUUGCUCCACAACCGUAUAUUUUCUUGUGUUGCAUGGUUUUUGUCUUCGGAAUGACAAUGCCAUCAUCCGGAAUCUCAUUGGAUACUAUUUACUCAAAGAUUUUGGGAAAUAUCGAUCAGAGUGUCAUGCAAGGAGCCGCUGUAAUCCUCGAUGACAUCAUGAUGGUCAUUACCCCAACUUAUGCUUCAUACAUCUACACUCUUCUCGGUCUCAAGCCUCUCUGGAUAAUGAACGGAUUCAUCAUGUCAACAGUUGUCAUAUUGUGGAUUAUUAUGCUUCGAAAAUUCAAACCAUAUUCUUAA